AUGUCAGACGCCGCCAUGGAAUUCUCAGGGAAGGAUUUGGAAGACAUCCAAAGAGUCGCUGGUCUUCUGAACCUCACUGUCGACGAGCUGAUCCAGCAGCGCCGACGAGCUGGCGAACCGAGCAAGAAGCGUGAUAUCCCUGACAACGCACGCAUCCAUCACACCGCCGUCUCCGAUACCUACAGUCUCUCUCAAUUACCGGGAGACGGACUUCGACAAGAUAGGCCCGAUGCCGGGCCCCAACCUGAAGUCUCGCAUGACGCUGACCCCAUGGACCUCGACCUCUUUGAACCAGAACCCAGCCACUCAAGCAGCGAACCAGCCGAAGCAGAAGCAGCAGCAUUGCCCUCUUCAAGCACCGAAGUCAUUCUCCUGAACCCUCUCUGGUACGACUGCAAUGCGUCGGUGUGGGGGUACGCCGAGGCCGCCGGCGAGGAUUUCCCCGUGGACGACAUAAGUCAGCUUGAAGAUGACGGUGAUGAGUCGUAUGUUCCCGUAACCACUGCGCACACCGGAUCAGACGAUGGCAGCCACAUCACCGCUCGUGGGAAAGGGAAGGAGAGAGAGUCCGACGAACUUGGCACAGAUUGGGCACUUGUCUCUACACCCAAAUCGCUAUCCUCGUUUCAAACACCAAUCUCAGCCACCACAGGUUCAAUCGACAAACGAUAUCACCCGAUUGCCCCGAGGACGAGCAGACACAAUUCGCAGUCCACCGAGGAAUCGUCUCUCCGCAAGGUCAGGAAGAAGAGGGGUCGUUAUAUUGAGGCCAAGAAGAUGGAUACCAACUUGACUCGAUCUGUCCAUGCUUGCGUCAGGUGCAGGAUGCAGCGGAACAGAUGUGUCCCUGACCCAACAAAUCCACGAGGACCCUGCAUAACAUGCCAGCGCAAGAUGGUCCGAAUGAGUCGCUUGCCCUGUCUCCGCUACAUGGUGACCGACAGCACGUUGUUCCGGACAGACCUAAACUACAUGGACUUUUAUAAGUCACAUCCCAUGCUCGGACCGAAUUAUGGCGACUUCCAUCUCGAGCGCCAAUGGACUGGCACCCAGCCAAAGUUCUUACGUCUGGGGCAGGUCGGCGCCAUGAAUUUCCAAGUAGAACUGAAGGAGUUUCUCCCCCCUCUAAACACGACAGACGUAGAUCUCAAGGGGCGACCAAUGUACGCCGUUCCCUGGGCAAUUGCCGACCCGGAUGCGGUAGUCACCGCGAUGACCGAGUACAUUGACCGUGGCACCACCAAAUACAUGUAUACGUACUUGGAUGAUACGGACGGACUUGUUUGGGAUGUCUUUGAAGCGGCCUACAGAUACUCUGUUUUCCCUACCCCUAAUAGGAUGCUCCAGAAAACCCUCAGGCUGUGGGUGGCGUGCCGUUUUCUUGAAUCCAAGUGGCGGUGCUGGGCCGACAACGGCUGGGUGGAUGACAGCAUCUUGGCAGCCAACCCCAAGGAUCCGUUCCACGAUUCCGAAUCCCUCCCACCCUACCUUGACUACCAGCUAGCUUCUAUCAUCAUUCAUCGCAUCCUGUCUCCUCUCCGCAAAGAGGUACUUCGAGAGCUUCAAGCCACCUUCAACGCCCACAGCCCAGAAAAUUGGUUUGUCACGUUCUUGACAUCAUUUAUUUUGCUCAAGAAUUACGAAACUCAAAUGCUCUUCCAGAAAGAGUUUGCCGAAAGGCGGCAAUCAGAUCUUUUCUCGAAGGGUUUUGAUUGGGGUGCCCUGAAGGUGCGGAAAAUGGCUCGGCUGGACGACGAGCAGAUGAAUUUCAUGGCGCAUUGUCGCGAUAACGUGAUAAAGAAGGGUAACCAGCAUCCUUUGUCCGACAUGGGCGUGGAAACAGUUCUGCCCAAGGGUGCGGGGAAUGCCUGGGGAGCUCCCCAGCUGAAGACGAGCACACUAUCACGUGUCCCCAAUCCCCAAGAAUGGCCGGAGCCGAUGCGAGGAGAUCUCGCCUGGGGACCGACAAGUUUUGCCUCUGAACACGACUACGCUCUGACCUUGAAUGAUGACGAUGUAUCCGAGGUUCGAGCAGCAUUGCAACAUUUCAACGACCUCGGGCUGUACGGGAAUGAGGUCUCUCCGAGCACUUUUCCACUCCCGACACUCGGUCCUCGGCUCCUGAAAGCUGCAAUCGAUGUUCAUCGUGGCAAGGGGUUUGCCGUGGUACGGGGCAUCGACCCCAAUGCUUUCUCCCCCGAGGACAACACUCUCAUAUUCCUGGGCAUCUCCAGCUACAUUGGCGCCCAGCGUGGGCGACAAGAUGAAGACGGCAACAUGCUGAUGCACAUUCGUGACGCAAAACUCUCAAAGGCCCCGCAGAGCGACAGACCAACCAGAUAUUCGGCCCGGGCAUCAACAUUUCACACUGAUACCUUCUGCGAUAUCUUGGCUCUGCAGACGCGCGUCCGUGCUGCUGAAGGCGGACGAAAUAUCUUGUCGUCAUCGUGGACCAUUUUCAACAACCUCAUGGCAUCGCGACCAGACGUGGUUCAGUUGCUCGCCCAGCCUAUCUGGCCCUUUGACAGCCGUGGCGCGUUUUUCGAGUGCAGCACGCGGCCAUUGCUGUUUUACCAUGGCGGGCGCAUUAUCAUGAACUUUGCCCGCGAACCACUAUUGGGACUGGCUGGCGUCCGCCGCUCAGUUGGUCUGGCUGUUCUCUCGCAGGCCCAGCGAGAGGCCCUUGAUGUCGUCGAAAAUAUGGCCAGCCAGAGCCAGAUCAUGCUCGACGCGGAGCCGGGCGACUUGCUGUUUAUCAACAACCACGGAGUCCUCCACUCGAGAGAGGCCUUUACCGACGCCCCAGAGGCCCCUUCUCGCUACUUGGUUCGUAUGUGGCUGAGGAACCCGACCCUCGCUUGGAAAUUGCCCCGCGCACUCCAGGGUGGCAGCUCGAGAAUCUACGGCGACAACGAGCUGGGAGAACAAUGGAACAUUGUGGACGUGCCGAAAGUCCAGUUUCGCCUGAGCGAGAGGCUUACUUCCUAG